CGGCGCAGCACUGGGUGUGCCGUGUGCGCAUGCGCAGGAUGUAAGCCCGCACCUGGAAGCUGGGGUGUACGGGUGGGAGUUCUGGCGCCUUAUCGCUAGAUGCGUUCAGCCUUGCGUCUGGCGGCUGAUGGAGAUACUGAGGCAACUGCUGCAGUGCUUAGCACGCGUGCGCGGAUGCUUGGGCAAGUGGUUCACUGGUCUGGCGUCUGAGGAUGCUCGUGUUGCUGGAAGCUAGAGCAGCUCAGCACCUGCCAAGCCUGGAGGGAAACAUGGAGGGACAGGAUGAGAAGCCCCUGGGGCCCUUGAAAACCUAUGAGCAGGACUCUUUUCUUCCUCAAGAGAUUAUCAUCAAGGUGGAGGGAGAAGAUGCUGGGCCACUGGCCACCCCAUCCCAGGAAGGAAUAAACUUUAAAAUUGUGACUGUGGACUUCACUCAUGAAGAUCAGGGGACUUGGAACCCUGCUCCAAGGACCCCAGACAGAGGUGUGACCCUGGAGAACCACAUGGACCUAGUCUCUUGGGAUCUGGCAACUGCAUUUGGAAGAAGAGAAUCAACCUUAAAGCAGAGCAGUUGUGGUGAAGAAUUCUCCCAUGAAGUGAAAAUAGAAAAGUUGACAAGAGAUGAUCCUUGGCUGUCUUCAUGUGAAGAAGUCCAUGGCUGUAAAGACCAGUUAGAGAAGCAACAGGGGAAGCAAGAGAGACUUUUGCAGAAAGUGGCAUUCACUCAGAGGAAAGCAGUUAUUCAUGAAAGACUCUGCAAAAGUGAUGAACUUGAGAAGAGUGCUGUUAAUUCCAGUCUUCUUUCACUUCCCAUGAUACCCAUUAAAAACCGAUUCCAUAAGCAUAUGUCACAUGUUAAAAAGUGGCAUGCUGAUUCUGUUAUAAACAGUCUUCAGAAGAUUAGUGACAAUGACAAACUAUGUGAAAAUAAUGAAUGUGAAAAACUCCCUCAGAGCAUACAUCUGUUUCAGGUUACAAGAACUCCAAAAAGAGAUAAAUCUUAUGAAUUUAGUGACAAUAUUAAGCCUUUUAGUGAUGCUAUACCCAUAAAUAAAAAUGAGAAAAUUUGUUCAGGAGGUAAAACCUUUGAUUUUAAGGAAUGUGGACAAGUUUUGAACCAUGGCAUAUCCCUCAAUGAACAACAGAGAAUCCCUCUUGAGGAGAGUCAAUAUAAAUGUAGUAAAAUAUCUCAGAAUUCAUCCAUUGCUCACAACAUGAGAAAUCAAUCUGAGGAGAAACCUUUUGAAUGUAAUCAGUGUGGGAAAUCCUUUAGCUGGAGCUCACAUCUUGUUGCACAUCAGAGAACACAUACAGGGGAAAAACCUUAUGAAUGUAAUGAAUGUGGAAAAUCUUUCAGUCGGAGCUCACACCUUGUUUCCCAUCAGAGAACUCAUACGGGAGAGAAACCGUACAGAUGUAAUCAGUGUGGGAAAUCCUUUAGCCAGAGCUAUGUCCUUGUUGUGCACCAGAGAACUCACACUGGAGAGAAGCCUUAUGAAUGCAGCCAAUGUGGAAAGUCAUUUAGGCAGAGCUACAAGCUUAUUGCACAUCAAAGAACUCACACUGGAGAGAAGCCCUAUGAGUGUAAUCAAUGUGGGAAAUCAUUUAUUCAGAGUUACAAACUUAUUGCACAUCAAAGAAUUCAUACUGGAGAAAAACCUUAUGAAUGCAAUCAGUGUGGGAAAUCUUUUAGUCAAAGUUAUAAACUUGUUGCUCAUCAGAGAACGCACACUGGGGAAAAGCCCUUUGAAUGUAAUCAAUGUGGAAAAUCUUUCAGCUGGAGCUCUCAGCUGGUGGCACAUCAAAGAACUCACACUGGAGAGAAACCUUAUGAGUGUAAUGAAUGUGGAAAAUCUUUCAACCGCAGUUCUCACCUUGUUAUGCAUCAAAGAACUCAUACUGGAGAAAAACCAUACGAAUGUAAUCAGUGUGGGAAAUCCUUUAGCCAGAGUUAUGUUCUUGUUGUACAUCAGAGAACUCAUACUGGGGAAAAGCCCUAUGAAUGCAGUCAAUGUGGGAAAUCCUUUAGGCAGAGUUCAUGCCUUACUCAACACCAGAGAACUCAUACUGGAGAGAAACCAUAUGAAUGUAAUCAGUGUGGAAAGACAUUCAGCUUGAGUGCUCGACUUAUAGUACAUCAAAGAACUCACACUGGAGAGAAGCCCUUUACAUGUAAUCAGUGUGGGAAAGCUUUCAUUAACAGCUCUAAGCUUCUCAGGCAUCAGGCAACUCAUAAUGAAGAGAAACCAUACGAAUAUAGCUAGUUUAUUAAUCUUCAACCCAGAAUUGAUUUCUGUUAAUUUUAGUCUUUUUAGAAAUUUAUUUUAAUGGAGUGUGUGUAGUGUCAAGUUUAGAUAAUAUAUGUUGACAGACUUUUGGUAACUUGUUAACUAUGUAUCUAGAAAUUUGUAAGAAAUGGGGCAAAUCUAUAAACUGCACAUUUUUAAUUUAGUUAUAUGUGCAAAAUCUAAUUUGGCCUUACAAGCAUCCUGAAAAAGUAGUAAAUACUUUUGAUUUUCCUUGCAGAAAGCACUCAGUCCUGAGUUGGAGAGAAAACCAGUGAGAUGUGGACCUCUUCCCCAAAACAGCACACAAAAGGCUAACACUGAUGGGCUUGUGGAAAAGAUAUAAAAAUUAUUGUAGUGUUGAGAAUGUAGGCCAAAAAACAGUGUUACUAUGUAUCAUUCUACUACAUGAUUUCUUCAGUUACGUAGUUUACAGUUUACUUUUUAAAAUAGCACUUUCUGUUAUAAAGUGAUGACUAUGAGAGAAAAAAAGGAAAAUGGCUGAUACAAAAUAAAAAAUGCAGGAGAAAAUACAGAAAUAUUUUCUAGAACUACUGUAUUUGUGUAUGGAUCAAAUUUGAAAGAGAUUAUGGAUGUAUCUGAUAUUUUGAUUUAUGUCAAGUGUUUUUGUUUUAGACAUUUGUUGUUUUUCUAUAAUAAAUGAUAUAAUGAGUAAAAAUUGGUUAAAUAAAAUAACCCAUAAUUUUUCUACCUUGUUUAACUAGAGCAACCAGAUAGCAAAAGUCACCUAGGGUUCUUUUUUUUUUUUUUUUUUAAGACAGUGUCACACUAUGUAGCUCAGGUUGGCCUUGAACUCACUAUGUAUCCCAGGCUGGCCUUGAAUUCAAGUGCUGAGUUUACAGGGAUGCACCACGACACCCAGCUUCACCCAGGGAUUUCCAUUUGGCUUAGCUGAUCAUGCCUUAGGGCUUAGAUUCUUAGGGAUAUUACCUACAGAAAAUAAAAUAGUUCCUUGGAAAUGGAUAACUAAAAUUUAGACUAGAAAGGGUUCUAAUGAGUGAAUGAGAAUGCAUGGAUAGUAUAGAUGAUAUAAGAGCUUACUUUAAUAUAUUUAAAGUACAAAGAAGCACUAUUUUCAAGAAAGUUUUUCUCCCCUCAUGUGCCAUUGUUAUUCUGAGAUAUGUUCUCUACUAUGAGUCCUUGGUGAGGGUGUGCUGCUCUGGCUAAGUAUUCUUCACCUCAAGCUUGCAAGAAUGUGUUGAGUGUGGUAAGCUUUUUAGCUGCCAAUUGAUUUUUAAGAUUUGAUUCACAUGUCUUGUGUUUUUUUGCUCAGUCCUGAAUUCUCACCUUGUGAAUUAUGCUAGAAAGGUAAUAAAAAAAUGUCAAGAGCUGAACUGAGAGAACAGAGAAUAGAGGUAUAUCUCCUGAAGAAAAGAAGGAAAACCCAAAAUAACUUCCGAUAGAUUUUUGGUAAAAUUCCAUUCCCUCAAGAUUACUUAGAAAAGCUCUCUCUUUGAGAAUUAAACCCCAUACUUUAGCACAGUUGGCAGUGACAGGUCUGGAAGAACAGUUGUUGAUGCCUGGAAAACUGUCUCCCAUCCCAGCAUCAUCUCCCCCCGGCCCAUCAGUGCAUAAAUAGAGAAGUGGCAAGAGUUCCCCAUACACUAGCUUUUGGAGAGGGCUUGAAAUUGUGGAAAAUGCCAGCUUAACAAUGGGAUCUACAUAGACUUCCCUAAUGUUAUAGGUAAAAUUAAUAUUGGUGCUUGAUAUAAGUGGAUGACUUUCACUGGGCACUUUGAAUCUUUCUUUGAAGGCAAGGAAUGAAGAUUUUUUUUUUUUUCAUUUUUUGUUUUUUUCCCAGGUACUGGGAAUUGAACUCAUGACGUCACACUUGCCAGGGAGGCGCUGUGCUGCUGAGCUAAAUCCCCAGCUCCUAAGGAAUGAAAAUUAUGCAAGUAAAUAUAAAGUCAAGUGGCCUAAAAAAAUAGGGCUCUGAAGCUUUUACUAUUUGGAAAUGACUUUUAUUCCUAUGGAAUUUUUUAAAAUAAAUGUUCAAAAUACUUCAUUGAGAAUAUGAAAUUUGCAAAAUUGCAAAAAAAAUUUGGAAAUGUCCGUUGUGUGAUGGUGUGUGUGCGUGCGCGUGUAUGUGUAUGUGUGUGUGUGUGUGUUUCUAGCUACCUUGUUAGAUUUAUUAUCAACUGUGUGUACUACAAAUGUAUCCACUCCUGGAUAGCGAUUUAUUGUUGCCAAGUGUUUUGAAAUAAAAUAAAUUCUCUAAUAAAAA